AUGACUAACACACAUGCAGCUAUUCCCCAGACCAUCACAGCGAAGAACCCCAAGCUCGCAGCUCAGAUGGCGAACGACCUGAACAUCGUGCGCAGGAAGCUCACAGGCUACGUUGGUUUCGCAAAUCUGCCCAACCAGUGGCAUCGCAAGAGUGUGCGCAAGGGCUUCAACUUCAAUGUUAUGGUCGUUGGUGAAUCUGGCCUCGGAAAGUCAACACUCGUGAACACACUGUUCAACACCUCGCUGUACCCUCCCAAGGAGCGUAAGCCCCCAAGCAUCGACAUCUCUAAGACUGUUUCGAUACAGUCCAUCAGCGCCGAUAUCGAGGAGAACGGUGUCCGUCUUCGCUUGACCGUUGUUGACACGCCUGGGUUCGGUGAUUUCAUCAACAACGACGAAUCGUGGGAUCCUAUUGUUAAGAACAUUGAGCAACGAUUUGACGCCUACCUCGACGCCGAGAACAAGGUCAACCGCAUGAACAUUGUUGACAACCGUAUCCAUGCCGUCGUCUACUUCAUCCAGCCCACCGGCCACUCUCUUAAGCCUCUGGAUGUUGAGGUUAUGAAGAAGCUGCAUACCAAGGUCAACCUCAUUCCCGUCGUUGCCAAGGCCGAUACGGUAUCGGACGACGAGAUCGAUAACUUCAAGCGAAGGAUUCUCGCAGACAUCAAGCACCACGGCAUCCAGAUCUUCGAAGGACCACGAUACGAGCUCGACGACGAGGAGACAAUCGCCGAGAACCAGGAAAUCAUGGCCAAGGUUCCCUUCGCUGUUGUUGGUUCGAACGAGGAGGUUGUCACUGCCGACGGCCGCAAGGUUCGUGGUCGCGCCAUGCCCUGGGGUGUGGUUGAGGUCGACAAUGAGGAACACUGCGACUUCGUCAAGCUGCGACAGAUGCUUAUCCGCACUCACAUGGAGGAGCUCAAGGAGAACACCAACAACACGCUCUACGAGAACUACCGUUCUGAGAAGCUCACAGCGAUGGGUGUCCAGCAAGACUCCAGCGUUUUCAAGGAGAUCAACCCUGCGGUCAAGCAGGAGGAGGAGCGCUCGCUGCACGAGCAGAAACUCCAGAAGAUGGAGAUGGAAAUGAAGAUGGUUUUCCAGCAGAAAGUCAACGAAAAGGAGAGCAAGCUGCGACAGAGCGAAGAGGAGCUGUACGCUCGUCACAAGGAGAUGAAAGACCAGCUCGAACGACAACGGGCCGAACUCGAAGAAAAGAAGGCGCGCAUCGAGUCAGGACGGCCGCUGGAAGAGAAGGGCAAGAGGAAGGGCUUCUCCCUCCGUUAA